UGUUGCACUCAGGGAUAUUUGGGAAUUUUCAGCCUGGAUGCUGUAGCUCGGGGUCGUGCUCUCUCUGACUUCCUCGUCUCUUGCGUGGCAGCUUGUGUGUGAGGACGCUGCAUGUCUGGCAUGCAGACAUGAGCCCCUCAUUGCGCUCUAGGAUUACUGUCUUCCUGGCCCUCACCUUGGCUCAGGUGAUCGCCGUGACCUGCCAAGAAGAUACCAAGAAUGACACCUGCACACAAAAUGGAAAAAUCUACGCCAACAAUGACAUGUGGAGCCCGGAGCCGUGUCGGAUGUGUGUGUGCGAUAAGGGGACCGCUGUGUGUGAAGACGUGGUUUGCGAGGACCUUGGUGAUUGCCAGAAAACAGAGAUUCCAGAGGGCGAGUGCUGCCCCGUGUGCCUGACUGCAGCUUCAUCAUUGAUUCCCAGUACAGACCCCGCAACAGCUGCAGAUGAAAAGAAGGAGCAAAACUGCAAGGUCGAUGGGGAGCUCCACCAUCACAAUGACAUCUGGAAACCCGAACCUUGUCGUGUGUGCGUCUGUGACAACGGCAUCACCAUCUGCGAUGAGAUUCAGUGUGAAGUCCUGGCAGACUGCGAGAAGGUUGUCACACCUGCGGGAGAGUGCUGCCCUGUGUGCGAGAACUUCGCAGGCGCCAGCAGGUUGAUAGAAAUUAUGGGCUUCAAGGGACAAAAAGGUGAACCAGGAGAUAUCCCAUAUGUGGUGGGGCUUCCUGGACCUACCGGACCCUCUGGUCCUCCAGGGGCUCACGGGAGCCCUGGACCUAGAGGCUUCAAAGGCAGACGGGGUUUCCCGGGGCCUCCGGGGUUUGAUGGUGAGCCCGGGAUACCAGGAAAUCCAGGAGAACCAGGACCACCUGGGCAUCCCAUGCCCCCUGGGGGCAACCUGGUGUCACAGAUGGCUUCGGGUUUCAGUGAUAAAUCAGGUCCUUCUGGGAUGUUAACAGGAGCAACAGGUGAAGCAGGACCACGAGGACUUCCAGGGCCGACUGGAUCACCAGGUCCUACUGGUGGUCAAGGAAUUCCUGGAGAAGCUGGAGAUCCAGGACCGAUGGGGGAGCCAGGUCAUCGAGGACCUGAUGGACCACCAGGAAAACCUGGACCUGAUGGACUACCUGGACCUGCAGGUGCAACGGGAGAACCAGGAUAUCCAGGAUCAGCGGGUGCAAGAGGAUUUCCAGGACUUCCAGGUCAUCCUGGACUCAAAGGCCAGAAAGGUCAUGGUGGACUUGUUGGACCAAGAGGCGAGUCCGGAGCACUUGGAGCAAAGGGUGCAUCUGGUACUCCUGGUGGAAUGGGAGCUCCUGGUCCACUGGGGCCACCCGGGAUGCAGGGAGAAAGAGGCAGAGCUGGAUCGACCGGUGCUGUGGGUAAACGUGGCACGCCCGGCCAUGUUGGUAAACCAGGUCCUCUGGGUCCAAUAGGAAUCCCCGGUAUUCCAGGAUUUCCUGGUAACCCAGGAAUGAAGGGUGAAGCAGGACCAACAGGGGUAAGAGGAAGUGCAGGACAGCAGGGACCGAGGGGUGACGCUGGACGUGCUGGGCCACCUGGACCCAUCGGACAGCAGGGUGCACCAGGACAGGAUGGAACUCCAGGUGCUCGUGGCUCUACAGGUAUAGCUGGUAUCCAGGGUCCACCUGGUUUGGUUGGUCCAUCUGGUCCUCCCGGCCCCCAGGGAUCAACAGGAGCUACAGGACCAAAAGGCCAAUUAGGUGAUGUUGGAGCUCCUGGAUUUAAAGGAGAACCUGGAAUGAAAGGAGAGCGAGGUGACCAUGGUGUACCAGGUCCUUUAGGCCCCAUGGGAGAAGAUGGAAAGCGUGGACCCCGAGGUGAUGCUGGAUCCAUUGGGCCUCCAGGACCCACAGGAGAGACAGGAGCACCAGGAAACAGAGGUUUCCCUGGUGCAGAUGGUUUACCAGGCCCAAAGGGGGCCCAGGGUGAGAGAGGGCUGCAAGGAUCUCUUGGUGCCAAAGGUUUAUCAGGAGAUCCAGGACGCAAUGGAGAGCCAGGUUUAACAGGAGCUCGGGGUCUCACGGGACUUAUUGGCGCCCAGGGAGCAGAGGGGAAGCAAGGACCAUUGGGAUCAGCUGGAGACGACGGCAAACAAGGCCCAGCUGGUCCCACUGGAAACAGAGGCCCAGCUGGAUCGAUGGGCCUGCCGGGGCCAAAGGGCUUCUCAGGUGAUGCUGGAAAGAUUGGCGAGGCUGGAAGUCCAGGAGCUCCAGGUCAAAGGGGACCAAAUGGAAAAGAUGGUGAGAGAGGUGCUGCCGGUUCAACUGGGCCAGCUGGUCCUGCAGGAAAGAGAGGAGAGCAGGGACCUCAGGGAGUGCACGGCUUCCAGGGUUUACCUGGAACACCAGGCCCCCCUGGAGAGUCAGGAAAACCAGGUGAUAAGGGCCUUGCUGGAGAGAUUGGUGAUGUUGGUGCUACAGGCCCAAGAGGAGAAAGAGGCUCUCCAGGAGAAAGAGGUGAAAUUGGACCCAAUGGGCUGCAGGGACCCAAAGGUAGCCCAGGUACACCUGGACUAGAUGGGCCAAAGGGUAGCCCUGGACCAAAGGGUGCUGGUGGAGAGCCAGGAGGUCCAGGACUUCAGGGGAUGCCGGGUGAAAGAGGCAUACCGGGACCUUCAGGUCCAAAGGGAGAUGCUGGUUCUACAGGAGAGAAAGGACCCGAAGGCAAGGCAGGAGCUGAUGGUGCGAGGGGGCUUCCUGGUCCUGUUGGACCUGCUGGUCCCAGUGGACCAAACGGGGAGAAGGGUGAAACCGGCCCACCGGGACCAACAGGACGCAGAGGAUCAAGAGGAAUAGCUGGAUCUACUGGUGAACCUGGUCCCACUGGUGCUGCUGGCUUCCCUGGACCUUCUGGUCCUGAUGGUCAGCCUGGGGUCAAAGGUGAAACAGGUGAGCCAGGUCUGAAAGGAGAAGGAGGAUCACCUGGACCACAGGGGACGGCUGGAAAACCAGGAGAGCAGGGACCUGUUGGUGUGACUGGGUUGAAAGGUGGCAGAGGAACAAAGGGUCCAACAGGCUCUCCUGGUUUUCCUGGAUUGCCUGGAGGAGUCGGCCCACCUGGCCCUCUUGGUGCUGUUGGAGCAGACGGUCCUAUAGGUCUCCAAGGAAAACAGGGUCCUUCCGGUAUUCGAGGAGAGAAUGGAGCUCAGGGACGUCAAGGCGAGCAAGGACCUCCAGGUCCACCAGGCAGCCCUGGAGAGAAAGGAGAAUCUGGAGAGGAUGGUCCUUCUGGUCCUGAUGGGCCUCCAGGACCUGCUGGCGCCGCGGGGCAGCGAGGAAUUGUUGGUCAAGCGGGAGUCAGAGGAGAGAGAGGCUUGGUGGGACUGCCGGGCCCCGCUGGUCCACCAGGAAAACCAGGAGCUCCUGGACCUCAGAGCAGCAAAGGUCCUCCUGGGGGUGUUGGUUUGCCAGGAGCCACUGGGCCAAGAGGAGACCCCGGCCCCGAGGGUAUUGCUGGAGCAGAGGGACCUCCUGGUAAGGACGGUCUAGUUGGAGAAAGGGGCGACAGGGGCAAUCCUGGCUCAGAGGGUCUGGCUGGUGGUAUAGGGUCUCCAGGUACUGAGGGUCCAGUGGGAAUAACAGGCAGUCCAGGACAAAGUGGUGAAAAGGGUGAAAGAGGCCCCCUCGGACCUCAGGGACAACCUGGAAUACGAGGUAAAGUGGGCCCUCAAGGACCACAAGGGGAUAAAGGAGCUGUUGGAGAUCAGGGAGAGAGGGGUCAGAAAGGACACAGAGGAUUCACCGGGCUCCAAGGCCUGCCAGGAACAGCUGGUGCCACAGGAGAUGCAGGAGCUAUAGGGAUCGUUGGACCAAGUGGACCAAGGGGGCCUCCUGGAGUGGUCGGCCCUCCAGGAAAGGAAGGAAAUAUUGGCCACCCUGGAGCUAUGGGUCCUCCUGGAAGCAGAGGUAGCGGUGGAGACUUAGGAGAACAGGGCCCACCUGGAGAACCUGGACCCCCUGGUCACCCAGGACCCCCAGGGCCUCCCACCUCCCUUGCAGAAGACCUCUUUGCUGGCCUGGUCGAUUACGAUGAGCAAGGCAUUCCUGACGAUGUGGAAUUCAUCGAGGAUGCUGUAGCCGCAGAUCCUCCCCCACCUCCAGAAUUCAACAAAGAUGAAGCCCUUCCCAAUAAGAACUCAGCCACCCUGCGGGCAGACUCCGGCAUCCACGCCACGCUGAAGAGCCUCAGCGGAAAUCUGCAGAACCUCCGCAGUCCCGACGGCAGCAAGAUGAACCCGGCGAAAACCUGCCAAGACAUCAAGCAGUGCUACCCGCAGAAAACCAGCGGUCAGUACUGGAUUGAUCCAAACCAAGGAAGCGUAAAAGAUGCCAUCAGGGUCUUCUGCAAUAUGGAAACUGGUGAAACCUGCAUCUCUGCCAAUCCACCAAACAUUCCCCGCAAAGUCUGGUGGACAAAAUCCAGUCCCAGUGACAACAAACCCAUCUGGUUUGGAGCUGACAUGAACAGCGGCACCAGAUUCCACUACGGGAACAAGGAGGAACAGCCAAACGCGGUGGCGGUUCAGCUGAAGCUGCUGCAGCUUUUGUCCAAAGAGUCGCACCAGAACAUCACCUACCACUGCAAGAACAGCGUGGCUUACAAGGACGAGAAGACGAAUGGGAAUCUGAAAAAAGCGCUGAUCCUCAGAGGCUUCAACGGCCAAGACCUGAGAGCACAAGGCACCACCCGGCUGCGAUACACCGUCAUCGAGGACGGCUGCUCGAUAUCAAACGGAGAGUGGGGCCGGACAGUGAUCGAGUACAGGACUCAAACUUCAGCCAGGCUGCCUAUCGUGGACUUGGCCCCCAUGGAUGUCGGAAAGGCCGAUCAGGAGUUUGGCCUGGACAUCGGCCCUGUGUGCUUCUCAUAAAACAAAAAUCCCCAACACAGGAGUGACUCAAACAGCUCUUUUCGCAGGAGUAACAUCAUCAUCAUCAUCAGGAAUUAUAGGGGGGGGGGCUUCUCUUUCUCCGAGAGUCAAGGAUGUUUCACGGAGGCUGUUGAAGCACAGCAUAUGAGAGCUGCACAACUGCUAGGAUAUAACUUAUUCACCUCGUCGAUAAAUUCAGUUUAGAGCUCAGGUUCUCCACAGGGAACGGAGCAAAGUGCAGUUUAGAUGGAUUGUAACCUUGCAUGAACUGUGCAAAAGUCUUUACAGCAGAGUUAACGUAAGGAGUGAAGGUUUACAGUGAAUAAAAGCAUUCAAACCUUUUCAUUUUUAUGGCUUUUUUUUUCAGUACAUGCACAUCCAGAGGCCAGGACAGAGAAAGAGUUGACAGUAGUUAUUGAUAUUAAUUGAAAAUUAUGCUUGAACCUAAAUUAUUAAGUUCUGUGCAGGAACUCAUAUAGCAGAAACCAUUUGUAUCUCCUUUUUAAAAUGACUGUAAAUGCAACGAAUGACUGUAAAUGACAAAUUAUUUGUUUAUUGUUGAA